UGUAACAUGGGGUCUUCCUUGUCUGGGAAAGCAGAGCUUCCCACGGCUGCUGCCACAGCUGCCCCCGCGAACCCACCUGCGGAAGCCGCUGCGCCGCCCUCCCCUGCACAGGACUCGGCUUUUAAAAACUGCUGGAGCUGUCGCUUGCUAUCUGGGUCUGCGCUCUUGGGGGCGGGCGCCUACGUCUACUUGGUGGCCAGGAGACCGAUGAAGCUGGGGAUCCCACCGCAGCCAGGCAACAUAGCGCAGAUGGUCCUCGGCAUCAGUAUUGCCUGUUGGGGUGUAGUUGUCCUGACAGACCCGAAAGGGAAGGCCUACCGAGUUGUUUGAAAGCACCAGCAGUUACUUUGCUGUCGCCUAUUCCUGGCUGAAAGGCAGAAAGAGCAAGCAAGCAUUGCCUUGUGGAUAUUCUUUGCAGACGUGGACAAGGAUGUUCUUCAUUAUAAGAAAUACCAAGAGGACUGUGACAACAUGAACUGUCAUUCUUUGUCCCUGGAUGUUUAAUGUUUUCUCCCCUCUGGUUAUAAAGGGACAAAUAAAUCCCCUGAAAGCAAAAAUGGUUCUGUGUCUUGUCCAGGGAGGUUGUGUGCAGUUCAAAUUAUACUGAAAGAUAACAGCUUUAAGAAAAUAUUAAAGUGGAAUAAAUGAUAGGCCAAUAGUGAAACAA